CCCUGGCUGUAGAGAGAAGCAGACAGACAGAGAGGAGGGAGAGACAGACUUCAUCACUGACUCCAGAUCUGAGGAGAAACUCAUCUGAAGAACCACUCACACCAAUGUAAAGAGGUGACUGUGACCUCCUCAGACCAAUUGGCAGAACAGCCCGUGCAAUAACAGCCUGUCACCUGCAGGAACCAACCCUAGCAACCAUGCCUAUGUAGCUUUUUUGUGUGGCGGUAGAGGUAGAGAACUGGUAGAGAACUGGUAGAGGUAGAGGUAGAGAACUGAAGGGAUGGCCCCUUCAGAGCUCCUGUCAGACUUGUACUUAAAUUUGUUGAAACCUCUCUGGAUCUAUAUUAAUAAAGAACAAUCAUUUAAGUUUGACUACCUGGUGGUCAUUUCCUAUGACAGUUCUGGCAUCACAAACAGGAUGAUUGAUUCUGCGCAUUCUAUGGGAAGGCAUGAGGGAAUUUCUCAUCUGACGAAAAGACGAUUAGGACCCACCCAAACCAUACCUUGACUGUGAACUGCCCGGGAGGAGACAUAUCAUAACUGAACAAUAGAGGGACACAUCUACUGAAUUUUCAGGGUUCUGUCUACCACCGCCCAUCUGAUCUAUAGGUAGUGAGCAUUGACUAAUGUUAUCUAGGGGUUAGGAGAGAAUGGAGAAAAUCUUGCAACACUCAGGAAGAGUGUAGAGGCAGAGGAAGAGGCAGAGGAAGAGGAAGAGGCAGAGGAAGAGGCAGAGGAAGGGGUAAUACUGGAUCAAAGACCGACAUUGGACACAUGAAAGGAGCUGCACCUGUUGUCGUUAUUGCAAAAGGCACCCACAGACCUUAUAAAGCUUAGUACCCUCUUAGCAAAGAAGCCGAAAAGGGUAUCAUUGCCAUUCAUAGUGCGUUAGUUGAAAGAGGCGCUCUGGUUCCCUGUCCGUAUUCGCCCUGUAACACACCAAUUUUAUCUGUUAGGAAAACCAUCUGGUGAUUAUCGUUUUGUGCAAGACCUUAGACUUGUAAAUGAUGCUGUACAUGCUAGAGCAGCCCUGGUGCUUAUUUUAUCCCAGGUGCCUCCAGGUAGUUGUUGUUUUUCAGUAAUUGAUUUGGUGAAUGCUUUCUUCAGUAUCCCUGUGGCUGAAGAGUCACAGGAGUUGUUCUCGUUUACUUUUCUUGGUAAAAAAAAAUUGACAUGGACCUCAAGGCGAUGUUGAAUCACACGCCAUCUUUGCCCAAGAAAUGGCUCGAAACCUUGAGGGUUUUGUUGCCCCUGGUGGAAGUAUUUUGGUUCAAUAUGUUGAUGAUUUGUUGGUUUGCUCACAGUCAUAAAAUAUAUGUCACGAGGAUACUUGUGCAUUGUUGAUUUUAUGGGCAGAAAAUGGUCAUAAAGUUUGGCCCGCUUUAAUAAAUGGACUUAAUAAAGGUAUCACUAGUCACUUUAAAUAACGCUACUUUAAUAAUGUUUACAUAGCCUACAUUACUCAUCUCAUAUGUACAUGCUGCUCUAUACCAUCUACUGCAUCUUGCCUAUGCCGCACGGCCAUCUCUCAUCCAUAUAUUUAUAUGUACAUAUUCUUACUCAUCCCUUUACAUUUGUGUGUAUAAGGUAGUUGUUGUGAAUUAGUUUUAUUACUUGUUAGAUAUUACUGCAUUGUAAUGCAGUAACUAGAAGCACAAGCACAAGCACAAGCACUCGCAUUAACAUCUGCUAACCAUGUGUAUGUGACCAAUAAAAUUUGAUUUGAUACAAUUAUGCCGGAGCUUCUUUAAAUAUUUGGGUCAUGACAUUACUUCUGAGGGUCACAGCCUCUCCAAAGAUAGAUUAGAGGCUAUUAAAGCUUUGCCUAAACCUGUCACCAAGCAGCACAUGAUGUCUUUGUUGGGUGUGUGCUGGUUACUGUUGUCCGUGGUUGAAGGACUAUGCAGAGAUAGUUCAACCGCUGCAGGAUUGUAUUAAUGGGAGAAAUAUGGAGGCGAGUGAAGUUGUGGUCUGGAGUGAUGAGGCUGAGGUGGCAUUGAUAAAAUUGAAACAAACAUUAAUAUCUAGCCCUUUCUUGGGCUUGCCAGACCAUACUAAACCGCUCCAACCCUUUGUAUCAGAGACGGGUUGGUUUCAUGUCAGCAGUUUUGACACAGUAUUAUGGGAUAUAGACCUGUUGGUUAUUAUUCUAAAAGACUGGAUACUGUGAUCAGAUGGAAUGGUUUCCUGUUUGAGAUUUGUAGUGGCUACUACUGAGGCUGUUUUGGCAUGUUCUGAUAUUGUGGCAAUGUCUCCUUUAACAAUACCUUACACGGGCAAAAAACACCUCAUUUGACACAUGCGAGACUCCUAGACUAUCAGAACAUAUUGUUGACAAUGUCCCAUGUUACUCUGAAAAAAAGUACAAUUCUUAACCCUUCAACACUUCUCCCUACAGCAGAUGCCGGUGAAGACCAUGACUGUGACCUAGCCAUUGACGUUGACUGUAGCCCUAGGUUGGACUUGAGAGACACCCCGUUAGACUAAUGACUAAUACACCUUUUCCCCAGAACAGGUUGUCCCUGCAAGGAAUGGAGGAAGACAUUGUAGAGAAUUGUGUCCCCCUUAACAGUGUUCUUAAGACUCUUUUCCCACGGGUGAAGGUGUCUUUGCCGAACCUAGCAGGUGGAGCUGAGCACUGUUUGAACCCAGGUGAUUCCGUGGUGGUCAAAGACUUCGGGAGAAAGAGUUGGAAGGACCCCCGUUGAUAUCAAGUUCUUCAGACCACCCCCACUGUGGUGAAGGUUGCAGAGAGCGAUACCUGGAUCCACGUGUCGCACUGCAGACAAGUUCCUGAUCCAGGAAAAGAUGAGGCCUCGCCAGUUCUGCCGGUGCCGUGUGGCCCUCCUCUGCAUUAGCACAGGAAUGCUAAUAGGAACAGUAGGCUGUCUUCUUGUAGGAAACCCGACAGAGGGUCAGAUGAGUCCUGAGCCAAAGGGGCCAACACAGCCCUGGAGUAGUGGCCCAGAAGUAGAUGGUCACCGUAGAAGGAGAGCCCUGCUGGGCCUUCACAACCAUGAGGACAAUUUGUUCUUAUCUAGAGCACAAAUGGUUGCCAACCUGACAUCCAAAGGAAAGGACUGUUGGGUGUGUGGGUUGAGUCCGGUGAAGGUAGGGGCAGGCUUCCCCCUUGUAGGAGUCCCAAUAGGGGUGAACUUUACUAUAGCAUUGGCAGGAAAAAUACCUUUUAAUACUAUGACCAACAAUGUUAAGGUAUAUAAUCAACCCAAUAUAUUCUGUUAUGUGAGACCUGAUAAUGUCUCACUCCCGCCCAUUUCAGUGGCUAGGGUGGUGACUGCCCCUUGGUGUAUUAGAGGAUAUGGAGAUCACUAUUUGGGUGAAUUCAAAUGUAAUUGUACAAUGCAUAUUAAUGGAUCAAAUGCUUGCAAUUUAAAGGUGAUACAGGAGAAUGGUCAGGUUGAUAAGGAACCGUUUACAAUUUGGUUUGACAAACAUAGAACAACUCUGAGAGGAGCCCCUAAUGGCACCUACUGGUUGUGUGGUAAGACAGCUUAUUAUAACCUUCCCCUGAACUGGGGAGGUACUUGUACUGUUGGGUUUGUGGUGACAGCAAUGAGAACCGUUCCAAACAAUGACAAGAAUCUGAAGGCUCUCUUUAGAGACUACAGACCUCCUGGAAUGAGGAGAGAUAAGAGGUCUCUGGCUGACAUCACUCACACUCAGGCACCUGCCUCCAGGUUCUUUGACGGGUUUUUCCCUGGGUAUGGAGUUGCAGGUGCCCUAGACCAAAUUCGUGAUAUCUCUAGACACGUAGAGAAAUUUGGCAAUGCUACUCGAAAUGCCCUGGAACAAUUGAAUAGGGAACUAAAAGAAUUGGCUGAAUUGACUCUUCAAAACAGAGAGGCUCUUGACUAUCUUUUGGCAGCUCAAGGGGGCACUUGUGCAAUCAUUGGCGAUGAAUGUUGUACUUUUGUCCCAGGUCGCUCAUCUAAUGUGACUGAUCUUGCCGAAUACAUUGCCACUGUUGCUAAAAAUAAUUCCCCACAACUAGAAUGGACGCUUACAACUUGGUUGGAAUCCCUGUUUGGAAGUUGGGGAUCUCAAAUUGCCCAAUGGGCUGCAGCGUGUGUUUUUUGCUUAGUCUGCAUAAUUGUAUUAUUAACAUGCUGUAAGGCUAUCUAACAUGCUGUAAGGCUGUAAGGCAUGCUCCCUGGCUAAUAAGGUCUCAGCAGGAAUCAUGUUUAAUGGUCCUCAAGAGGAUGGUGAACUGCCGAUGCUGGAUGAGCUUCCCUUUCCCACUGUAGAUAUAGACAAUGAGUAAUAACUGAAGGUUGUUUUUGUUUGACAAGUUUAGAAGGUUUAAAGUUGAGUUAAUCAUCUAUAUUUACACCAUUGUGGUAAGGGCUAUGGAAACAAUGGUUAAACACUGAGCUACAAAUCCCUUGUUUAUGUGUGUGUAUUUUUUGAUAGAUUCACUCCCGUUGAUAGAAGUAUAACCUUGACUGUAGAUUUUAGCUUUAUUAUGAUGAUAGUAUUUCCGUAAAUGAACUUGUGUAAUGAAGCAUGUGUGUAACUGUAUGAAGCGAAGGUCUUAAUUUAAACCAUUCUACUACAAUGGUUUUACAAGUGUUAGACUUAUGGAAUACGGAUAAGUUAUUAUUUAGAUUGUACAACCCAGAAUGAAGGGUUUGAAAGGAUAAAGUGCCAUUUUAUGAGUUGA